AUGAAGGCUUCCAACACACAAGUUGAACUCAAAACCAACAAAAUAUAUUCUGUAAGAGUGGAUCGAGAAGUUGUGCAAUACUCUCCUAUAACCACCUGUACUCGAAUGUCCAUUGUAAGAAUUCUUUGUGGCAGGAAGAAAUCAGGUGCUAAAUACAAGUCAUUUAACCUGUGUCGCGACAUUUCAAUAAACACCUUCAAAGGGUCGUGA